ACAGUUUCUAAGCAGGAGCCUGCGUGGAACUCGGCGCUCCGCUCCUCCCAGUUCCUAAGAGGUCCCGGGAUUCUUGAGCUGUGCCCAGCUGACGAGCUUUUGAAGAUGGCACAAUAACUGUCCAGUGAUGCCUGACCAUGACAGCACAGCCCUCUUAAGCCGGCAAACCAAGAGGAGAAGAGUUGACAUUGGAGUGAAAAGGACGGUAGGGACAGCAUCUGCAUUUUUUGCUAAGGCAAGAGCAACGUUUUUUAGUGCCAUGAAUCCCCAAGGUUCUGAGCAGGAUGUUGAGUAUUCAGUGGUGCAGCAUGCAGAUGGGGAAAAGUCAAAUGUACUCCGCAAGCUGCUGAAGAGGGCGAACUCGUAUGAAGAUGCCAUGAUGCCUUUUCCAGGAGCAACCAUAAUUUCCCAGCUGUUGAAAAAUAACAUGAACAAAAAUGGUGGCACGGAGCCCAGUUUCCAAGCCAGCGGUCUCUCUAGUACAGGCUCCGAAGUACAUCAGGAGGAUAUAUGCAGCAACUCUUCAAGAGACAGCCCCCCAGAGUGUCUUUCCCCUUUUGGCAGGCCUACUAUGAGCCAGUUUGAUAUGGAUCGCUUAUGUGACGAGCACCUGAGAGCGAAGCGCGCCCGGGUUGAGAAUAUAAUUCGGGGUAUGAGCCAUUCCCCCAGUGUGGCAUUAAGGGGCAAUGAAAAUGAAAGAGAGAUGGCCCCGCAGUCUGUGAGUCCCCGAGAAAGUUACAGAGAAAACAAACGCAAGCAGAAACUGCCCCAGCAGCAGCAACAGAGUUUCCAGCAGCUGGUUUCAGCCCGAAAAGAACAGAAGCGAGAGGAGCGCCGACAGCUGAAGCAGCAGCUGGAAGACAUGCAGAAGCAGCUGCGCCAGCUGCAGGAGAAGUUCUACCAAAUCUAUGACAGCACCGAUUCUGAAAAUGAUGAAGAUGGUAACCUGUCUGAAGACAGCAUGCGCUCGGAGAUCCUGGACGCCAGGGCCCAGGACUCCGUGGGGCGGUCAGAUAACGAGAUGUGCGAGCUGGACCCAGGACAGUUCAUUGACCGAGCCCGGGCCCUGAUCAGGGAGCAGGAGCUGGCUGAAAACAAGCCGAAGCGAGAAGGCAACAACAAGGAGAGAGAUCACGGGCCCAACUCCUUACAACCCGAAGGCAAGCAUUUGGCCGAGACCUUGAAGCAGGAACUGAAUACGGCCAUGUCGCAGGUUGUGGACACGGUGGUCAAAGUCUUUGCAGCCAAGCCCUCCCGCCAGGUUCCUCAGGUCUUCCCGCCUCUCCAGAUCCCCCAGGCCAGGUUCGCAGUCAACGGGGAAAACCACAAUUUCCACACCGCCAACCAGCGCCUGCAGUGCUUUGGCGACGUCAUCAUUCCGAACCCCCUGGACACCUUCGGCAAUGUGCAGAUGCCCAGUUCCACAGACCAGACAGAAGCACUGCCCCUGGUGGUCCGCAAAAACUCAUCCGACCAGUCUGCCUCCGGCCCCCCCACCGGUGGCCACCACCAGCCCCUGCACCAGUCGCCUCUCUCUGCCACCGCAGGUUUCACCACGUCCACCUUCCGCCACCCCUUCCCCCUUCCCUUGAUGGCCUACCCAUUUCAGAGUCCAUUAGGUGCUCCCUCCGGCUCCUUCUCGGGAAAAGACAGAGCCUCUCCUGAAUCCUUAGACUUGACUAGGGAGACCACGAGUCUGAGGACCAAGAUGUCAUCCCACCACCUAAGCCACCAUCCUUGUUCACCAGCACACCCGCCCAGCACCGCAGAAGGGCUCUCCCUGUCGCUCAUCAAGUCCGAGUGUGGCGAUCUUCAAGACAUGUCCGAAAUCUCACCUUAUUCGGGAAGUGCAAUGCAGGAAGGAUUGUCACCCAAUCACUUGAAGAAAGCAAAGCUCAUGUUCUUUUAUACCCGUUAUCCCAGCUCAAAUAUGCUGAAGACCUACUUCUCCGACGUAAAGUUCAACAGAUGCAUUACCUCUCAGCUCAUCAAGUGGUUUAGCAAUUUCCGCGAGUUUUACUACAUUCAGAUGGAGAAGUAUGCACGUCAAGCCAUCAACGAUGGAGUCACCAGUACUGAAGAGCUGUCUAUAACCAGAGACUGUGAGCUGUACAGGGCUCUGAACAUGCACUACAAUAAAGCAAAUGACUUUGAGGUUCCAGAGAGAUUCCUGGAAGUUGCGCAGAUCACAUUACGAGAGUUUUUCAAUGCCAUUAUCGCAGGCAAAGAUGUUGAUCCUUCCUGGAAGAAGGCCAUAUACAAGGUCAUCUGCAAGCUGGAUAGUGAAGUCCCUGAGAUUUUCAAAUCCCCGAACUGCCUACAAGAGCUGCUUCAUGAGUAGAAAUUUCAACAACUCUUUCCGAAUGUAUGAAUAGUAGCAGUCCCCUUUGGAUGUCCAAGUUGUAUGUGUCUAGAUUUUGAUUUCAUAUAUAUGUGUAUGGGAGGCAUGGAUGUGUUAUGAAAUCAGCUGGUAAUUCCUCCUCA